UCAAACAAAAUAUGAACACUUGCCUAUGCAGGUGAGUAUGUGUAGUCCACGAGUUUCUCUGUUUAAUGAUCUGUUCUGAUUAUCUUAACACGUGUUAGAAGCAGAAAGGCUUCAAUGAGACAAAGGUGUGGUGCAAUCACAUCAGCAGACUCAUUAGCUUCCUGGGCAGCUUUUUCCAUUAUGUAAAAGCUGUGUUUGUAUUAGUAUAGCAGUCAGACCCAUCAGUACGAGGAUUACAGUUGGUUUUUACAUAAUGGAUUAUCCAAGAUUAAGCGUUUUAUUCAGCCACACGACCAAAAAUAACCAAUUAGUGACUUUGCAGAUUCAUUAUUUAAAGGCAGCUGGACGGCAAUUGACACAAAACUCUCCUGUUGACUGUAGCCCAAAGAUUGAAGCAGAAUAGUCUCAGAGAUCUCCAACACCUCUACCCCAACAGAAUGAAAUACGCACAGUAUGUUUUCCUGGCCUCAAUCUUCUCCACAAUUGAAAAUAGCCUAGCUCAGACCUGUGCAGUGGAGUCUUUCGCUGUGAAAGACAAUUUUGAUCCAAAAAGGUAUGCAGGGAAAUGGUAUGCCCUGGCCAAGAAGGAUCCAGAAGGCCUUUUCCUUCAGGACAACAUCUCUGCCGAGUAUACUGUGGAGGAAGAUGGAACAAUGACAGCAUCUUCCAAAGGCAGAGUGAAGCUUUUUGGGUUCUGGGUGAUCUGUGCCGACAUGGCUGCUCAGUAUACCGUACCUGACCCAGCCACGCCAGCAAAAAUGUACAUGACUUACCAGGGCCUGGCCAGCUACCUCUCCAGUGGUGGGGAUAACUACUGGGUGAUUGACACCGACUAUGAUAACUAUGCCAUUACCUAUGCCUGCCGCAGUCUAAAGGAGGAUGGCUCCUGUGAUGAUGGCUAUUCCCUGAUCUUCUCACGCAACCCUCGUGGCCUCCCGCCAGCCAUUCAGCGCAUUGUGCGUCAGAAGCAGGAAGAAAUCUGCAUGUCUGGCCAGUUCCAGCCUGUGCUUCAGUCAGGUACUUCAGGCUAAUUAGCAACCUCACUGAAAUGGCUGCACUGGCAGCUUGUAAAGUAGGUGAUUGCACUUGCUGUAAAAGCAACCGAACCAUAGCAAACUAAGUUGUACUCUUUUAGCAACCUUUUUUUUUAACGUUAUAUCUAACAAAAGAUAGCUGCAAAGAGAAGUCUGCAUGAAGGAGAGCCUGUUACAGGCUGGUUCUACAGCCUUACAUUUGCCCUUAUAGGAGUCCUGUGUGCAGAAACUGGCACACUAAUCAAAGAAAGAUCAGCUUUGCUAUGCUAAUAGACGGAUAGGAUAGGAUAGGAUAGGAUAGGAUAGGAUAGGAUAGGAUAGGAUAGGAUAGGAUAGGAUAGGAUAGGAUAGGACAGGAUAACAGCAUGGUGUUUCUGGACUUGGAAGUGCUUGUCUUGGCAAUCUGGGUAACAGCAUCUUACCUUAGGUCCGUGCAGUGUCCGCCAGGAAAGGAGGAGAAGCUGCCUCCAGGAAAGAUCACCCUCAUUCUUCUUAGCUCCACCAUGAUUUGCAUCCUGGACAGUUUGAGAGCCCUGCGAUGAAGGGCUCUGAGCCGCAGUUCUGACUGUGUCUGCUGGCAUUGGGAGUCAGCAGUUGUGCCAUGUACAUGUAAACAGAGCACAUCUAAAGCCCAUCUUGAGACAAACUUUUUUCUGGAGGCAUGGGAGCCAGUUCUCUAGUUCAUAGGCUGUUCAUGAGAUAAGCAGGUAUUUUUUUAAGGCUAAGCUGGAGGCAGAUAUUACUCUUUGUUGGCAGUUGAGUGCCCACACUCUAUGCAUGCUACCUUUUCUGGAGACUGGUCCUUUUCUAAGCUUGGCCUGAAGAGCCGGACUGGAGAAUUGCCACAGUAACAUGUAUUCUGCACUGCUAGACAAGAGAGAGCAGCUAAAACCUCCUGAACAGCGUAUCAUUGUGAGCCAGUCCUUCACUACAGAACAAGUGCUGGCAUCGUCCAAGCUUUUGGUGCUGAUAAGGGCAUACCUGCCCCACAACCUUUUGUACUGCUUAGCAUAGUAGAGUGAGGGUAGUUGGUUUGUGGGCCCAUGCUUAGGUGCUCACAUGAGCUGAAACCACAUGGCUAGCUGGGACUAGCAAAGGCUGCGCAAGUGCUGUGCCAACAGACACAGAGCAAUGCAAAUCAGCAACUUUUGCACUCCCCCAUUUUUGAUUCAGAAGUACCCUAGGAAUGUUGUAGCUACAGCUUCACUGAAGACUGAAAGGCUGUUAAAGUACUUUACAAAUUUACUUACAAGGACUAAAGUUUACUUUUCUUUC